GCCUAGAGCCAUGAACUCCAAAGCCUUAAAGGCAUUAGGUCGUAAAGCUGUUGUUCAAUUUGCAACCGAAGUAAAGAAUGGGUUAAGACAACCCCUUUCCAAAGAAGAAGUGACCAGAUCUAUUGAUAAUAAGCAUGAUAAUAAAGACCCCGAAGAGGCCAAACCGAAGAAGUCUAAGAACGCUGGUGUGGUUAAGCAAGCCAAAGUGGUGAUGGAGGUUAAAGGGUCUGGUGAGGUUGGAAGAAGUAGAGGGUAUGGGUUCAUAGAAUUCAGAGAUCACAAAGUCGCCUUAAUGGGAUUAAGAUGGUUAAAUGCCCAUGAAGUUGGCAUUGAAGAAAUCUUAGAAGGACUUAAUGAUGAAGAAAGGAAGUUAGCUGAAUUAACCGGUUUGAACAAGAGAAAAUUAAUUGUGGAAUUUGCAGUUGAAAACUCUCAGGUCGUGAAGAGAAGAAGAGAUAAAGUCUAUCAGGCCCGAACCCAUCACGGUAAAGACGAAGGAGAAGAGAAUGGCUCCCGAAAGCGUCGUUCUUAUGACGACCGUAAAGCUGACAAGAAACAAAAGAGAAAUGACAAAGCUCCAACGCCUCAGGCUAAGCCUAAAUCAGGACUCAGUGAUGAUGUCAAACAAAUCAUUGGAGCUAAGCGUAGAAAGAGAAAGGGGAAGAACUAAACGCUUUCUGCCGCCGCUCAUUGUAUUUUUAGUAUUUAAUUGCAUGUUACCUACACAAUACACACUUUGUUAU